CUCGACACGUUGCAGCCUUAACAGUGCUUUCAUAGGCAGGAGUUCACUAUCUUGCAUCCAACAUGGGAGUGGAUUCUUUUUAAACAUCUCCUUUCACUAUUAUUUAGCGCACACAGUUGGCUGCAUUUUUACUCUUUCAGUAAUCUGGUCAGGGUUCAGUGUGGUAGUCUGGACGGAGAUUGGUCAGGUUGAUGGGAGUGUGCAUGAAUGUUUGGUGGGGGUCGGCAUUAGAAGUGCACCUCAGUAUUAAGUGAGUGAGGGGUUAGACCCUGCUAAUCCCUGUUAACAGAUUAAUUAUCUUUGGGCAAUAUCGUGUUGCUGCCGUGUUGAGAAGUCACUUGGGCGUUAAGCUAUGAUGGGCUACAAUGCAACGAUAAAGGGUCCCUUAGGGGUGUCUCCUCAAUCUUAAUCCCUCUCUCUCUCAUUCACUCUCUCUCUCUCUCUCUCUCUCUCUGUCUGUCUCUCUCUCUCUCUGUCUCUCUCACUCACUUGCGCUCACUGAGAGCUCUUCUCAUCCAUCAACACAAGCACCUCUCCACUGUCACCAGACAACCCUACAAUUAUUGGCUAUUUAAUAUUUCAAUAACUGCAAGAAUUAUUGGCAAUUUUUUUUCUCCCAUUUUCACAUUUUUGGCAUGUCUCCAAGCCUUUUUUUCAGGAUGAUGUUUUUUCAAGAGCAUCAAGCGUUGAAGGCUGGCAGUAUACCUCUUUGAGUGGGUAAAUAUUUUACGGACACCAGCGAAGAGAAGAGAAGAGGAGAGAAGAGGAGAGGGAACCUCCCGACACAACCGAGAGAGGGUGGAGGAGGGGGACCUGGCACAGUUGAAAAUGGAUGCCAUGGCAACAGUACCCAGCUAUACCCCUUCACUGUGGGUGAGAGUGUGUCACGCCCUCCCCCGGCUGGACCUCACCAUGCAGAUGAAGGACAACAUCUUUGUCCCCGACAGCUGGGAGUACCAGCAGACUCUGCUGGUUUUGUCCAGUUUAUCGGCCAUCGCCCUCGUCAUCUCCCUCUUGGUAGUCCUCUCCUUCCUCAUACACUACUGUUGCUGUCACCGUGGUGACCGGAGUGAGGGAUCAGAGGAGGAGGAGGAGGAUGAAGAUGCCAGCACAGGUCACGGUUACAGCGGGAAGAAGGGGCGGGGCAUCUGUUGUGUCACAUGGGUGGCGGUGGCGGCUGUCACGCUGUGCUGUGUUGCCAUAGGCAUCGGUUUCUAUGGCAACAGCGAGGCUAAUGAUGGGAUGUAUCAGUUGACCUCGUCUCUUCUCACAGCCAAUUAUACACUAGCUUCCAUCGAUCUGCUGAUUUCAGACACAAUUUCUGGGCUGCAGCUGUCUGUCUCUGGCCCCCUGACCUCAAUGGAGGAGCUCUUUACCGGCAGUAAACCGUUCUUGGUGUCGACGCGGAACUGCCGGAGGUUAUCUGAGAACGUGAUCAACCUCCUGUCCUCCAUCUCCAUGGCUCGGGCCAGUGUGGACGCAGGCCUAGGGAAUGACAGUAUCAGCGGGGCGUCCAUCAUUCCUCUAACCCCAGUACCUCCCUCUGUGGCCCCUACAGUGGUGCCUACCAUUGGCUUGAUGCCCAGUCCCUUCUCACCUGGCUGGGCGGCCAACACGCUGAUGGCCAAUGAGGACUACAGGUGGCUAUCAUACGUGUUGUUGCUGCUGCUUGACCUCAUAGUGUGUCUAUUCAUCCUGCUGGGACUGGCCAAGCAAGCCCGCUGGCUGCUCAUCCUGAUGACUGUGCUGGCGUGGCUGGCUCUCUUCCUAAGCUGGGGCUCCCUGGGCUUGGAGACAGCCACUGUAGUGGCUCUCAGUGACUUCUGCUCAGAUCCAAACACGUUUGUAGUCAACUCCACCCACUUCAACACUGGGACCAGCUCAGAUGUGUUGGAUUAUUACCUGACCUGCAGCAGGCGCAUGAACAGUCCGUUCCAGCAGCUGCUGACCCAGUCGCAAAGGGCGCUGUCCAACAUUCACACACAGCUCUCCAGUCUGGACAGAAAUGCUCUCACACAGUUCCCAAAAGCUGAGAAAUCACUCAGGGAGGUUCAGCAGAUACUCAAUUCCACAGAGGGCAACUUUCAUCAGUUGGUGGCACUGCUGAACUGCCGAGGUCUGAAUAAGGACUACAUUGACUCUUUGAAAGGCCUGUGUUAUGAUGGGAUGGAGGGAUUGCUCUACCUCUCCCUUUACUCUUUCCUCUCUGCUCUGGCCUUCACUGCCAUCCUCUGCUCUCUGCCCGGUGCCUGGAGGAGCUUCCCCAGUGAAUCAGAGGAGUACGAAGACUCGGACAGCGAGAGUGAGGACCCCUUCACCUCCCAUCAGGCACGUAGACAGACGGCCACGGGGUCUCAGCGAGGGGCCAUGGCCCCCUUCUAUAAUUACCCGGGGGCCGGGUGGACACCCCCCUUUUCUAGCGCGCCGCCCCUCCCGACUCCAAACGUUUCCUCCAAUGGCAACCCUGGCUAUGAGAGCCUACCAUUGACUGACAGGCAGUCCCCACCCCCCUCUUACUCUCCCAGCAUGCUGACUGGUUACGGGGGAAGUCAAUCACACCCUAACCCCGCCCAUUCGAGGAACCUGUAUUCACGUUGAUUAUUAUUUUUUUGUUAGGAAAUGUAUAGAAAAAAAAUGUUUAGUUUUCAUAUGAAUGGACACUUUACUGAAAUGAAAAAGAAACUAAUCUAAAUGAAAUGAAUGCUAGGUGUCAAUUCAAAGUGCGUUAUGUCAGUACCACUGAAUAUUAUUAUUAUUAGAAGCACUUAAAAGAAACAGGUCUAAAUGGACUGUUGAUAUAACCGACAAUGAUAAUGCUGGUAGGAUGGUUGUGCAAAGCUAUGUACCAAGCCCACUUGGUCUAAAUUCGUUCCCCUCAUCUGUCCAAACUCUGUGUAAACUGUGAACAGUGGUGAGGCAAGUCAGAAUGGUAUUGACGUUACUACGUUGUAGUUUUAUAUUCUUAAAUGUAUCAGUACCACCGAUUUAUUUUUAUGUUUUUAUAUAAAUAUUGUUGUAGAAAAGCACUGGCACGUAGCAACAAGACACAUUUUUUUCUGUGGUUAUGCAGUUCCUUCACUUGGUAUCAUGUUUUUUUAUUAUUACUUUUUAUAGGUGGAAAUUCUGUAUUUUCCUUGUAUUACCUUAUGGUAUUCUGUAUAUCUCACUGUCUAUAAUAUCUGAUUAAUCAAGAACAUUUGCUCUUAAAAAAUACUUGAGGGCUGCCAAGACCCUGUUUUAAUGAUUGGACGGAGAACUACAACUGCCACUCAAGUCUUGAGUGGAGAACUACAAAUCCCAUGCAAUGACAGCAGGUACAUAGCAAUAUGAUUCUUGCUACUGGUGCUGCAGUAGCCCUACCGUAACUAGCAAUAAUAACUAUGUAUAGCAUUGGGUUUCUAAGAUCUCUCCAAGAUGUUUUGUGUAUAUAUUUGGUCUGGUAUGUUGGAGAUUUCAUUGAAUCCCCCUUCCUUGCCAACUGACCUUGUUAACCCUUGAAUUGAGUUUGUAUGGUUAUCAAUGCUCCUUUUGAAUGGCAUCCUUUUACACUCAAGAGUCUAAUAUAAAUAAAAAUAACUUCAAUAACCUUCA